AUAACUCAGCAAGCAAUUGCAUUCAUUGGCAAUGAACUGUAUUCGAUAAGACGUGACAGCGAUUCACCACAACCUUAUCUUCUACACUUGGACAUGAUUAAUAUUGAGAAUGUCUUACACAAGGUUCCAAUCGGUGGUGAGGUAAACAGUGUUGAUGCGGUCAUUUCUGACUGGGUAGCAAAUCGUUUGCUCUUUGUCUCGUUUGGUCAUUUGAUGCAAAUUGGUCUCGAUGGUAUUCAGGGUGUUUCGUCUGUGACGCCAAAGCGAAUAAUGGAUCUGUCACCAGGAGCUGGUGAUGCAAAACAACUUCUGUAUGAUCCGUUUACAAACACGGCGUAUCUUCUCACAAAAAAUGGCUCGUUAUUUUCACUUGAUAUGACGAAAAGAACUGAGCAGAAUUUAGCACUCCGUUUGGAGUGUCUCAAAUCCGAAACCGUUUCGUCAAUGAUGAGUGAAUUUGCGUGGAAUCGUGCUGCCUCGCCAGCAAUAUACGUGCUUACAUGGAAUGGCAUGCUUCGUGUUGACGUUACUACCAUGAAAUGCGCAGAGAUCGCUUUCGAUUGGACUAAAUUUGGAGAAAAUGGACUGAAGUCGGUAUCUUCAUUUGCGAUCGCAGAUAAGCUGUUCGUUUUUGUAACCUCAGCGGAACUCAUCGUUUAUGAAUUGAGCACGUCAACUGCGACACCAAUUCCCGUUCCUGGAUCACCGUUCAAGCAAGUACUUGCUGUUAGCCAAUCAUCACAGCCAUAUCCAGAUCGGUCAUGCUUCGCACUUUCCGAACCACCUGAUGUCAAGUUUACGGUUCAGAACGAAGGCAAGAGUGGAGCUGUCGUAAUGAUCAAUGAACCACCUUUACCGAAUUCAUGUCCGGGCGUUUCUGUACCUGCGACGCAAUAUGAGCUACACUUCAAAAGGAAGGAUUCCGAUAAAGUUAAGAAUGUGCACAGCAUCAAUCAUAUCGUUCAUGUGGAGAACGGUAUUCUCGAUAAGGAGACCGAGAACAAUUUUCCUCCAGCUAGGAUAGUGAAGGUGAGUCAAUUGAGUGGCUCAUUGAUAGCACCUGCAACGAUUGGGGCACAACAGUUCGAGGGUGCUCACUAUUCAGCACAGUCAACAGAUGCUGUCACUUGCCUGAAUGAUCCAUGUUCGGCGAAAAUCUCUAACUUACGACCAUCAACAGACUAUAAAUUUUGGGUACGAGCGAUUCACGAAAGCCAUUUGAAUAGUCAAUUUUCGGACGAUUCUGAGGGCUUAUCGACGGAAACGACUGUUCGGACAAAAGAUGUCUGCGGGACGUUAAGGCCAGACAAUGUCACUGGGACUUCUGUUGUGCUCAGAUGGAAUUCACUCGAACCCGGAACUCCACCGACAAAGAUCUCAAUUCAAUACCGAAUAGUAAUGUUUCUGCUACAUUCAUUUGAUCUUGUUGGAAGCUGUGAAUUUACAAGCGAUAACUAG